AAACUUGUAUUAGAUGACUGUUUAUUGGCUGUUUGUCAGCCCUCUUCUCCGCCACUGCUCAGAGUUCAAAGUUGAAACAGAGCCGUUUGAUGGCUUCUACAUUUUUUAGAACCAUUCAAACACACCCUUUCUUGCUGCUCCAUCCAACUGCAGUUUUUAGAAGAAAGAAUGGUGUUCUGCGUUGCACAAUGAGAAGUACCCAAACCCAAACUCCUACCCAAGAGAAGCAGCAAUCUCCCCAAAUCAAGUUUUCACCACAAAACCCGAACAAAACAUUUUAUGAGAUACCAAAAGGUUAUGAGGCUAUUAUUGGUAUAGAGACCCAUGUCCAGCUAUCCACCCUCACCAAGGCCUUCUGUGGCUGUCCUUGCAAUUAUGGGUCUCAACCAAAUACGAGCAUUUGCCCAGUCUGUAUGGGAUUGCCUGGCGCCUUGCCAGUUUUGAACUCAAAAGUCAUUGAGUUUGCAGUGAAAUUGGGUCUUGCACUUAAUUGUAAGCUGUCCUUAAACUCAAAAUUUGAUAGGAAGCAAUACUUUUAUCCAGACCUUCCCAAGGGUUACCAAAUAUCUCAGUUUGAUAUGCCAAUUGCAACUGGCGGUUACAUUGAUUUGGAUCUUCCUGUUGAGUUUGGUGGUGGGCAUAGGAGGUUUGGUAUUACCAGGGUUCACAUGGAAGAGGAUGCGGGAAAGCUACUUCAUUCAGAAAAUGGGGACUACUCUCAGGAAAUUACUUCUCCAACUUUACAGUAUGUCUUCUGCUCAUUCAUGCUCAUUUUUCGUGGUUCAAUGGUUGAUCUAAAUAGAGCAGGGGUUCCCUUGCUUGAGAUUGUUUCUGAACCUGAUAUGAGAAAUGGAAUGGAAGCUGCUGAGUAUGCAGCAGAGUUACAGAGGUUGGUUCGAUACUUGGGAGUGAGCAAUGGAAAUAUGCAAGAAGGUUCACUUCGGUGUGAUGUAAAUGUAUCAAUUCGACCUGUGGAGCAAGAAAAGUUUGGAACAAAGGUUGAGAUAAAAAAUUUGAACUCAUUUUCAGCAGUUAACAGAGCCAUUGAUUUUGAGAUAUCAAGACAGGUGCUUCUUCAUAGUCAAGGCCAAGGAGAUCAAAUUGUACAGGAAACUCGUCUAUGGGAAGAAGGCAGCCAAGAAACAUUUACAAUGAGAAAAAAGGAAGGACUUGCUGAUUAUAGAUAUUUCCCAGAGCCAGACCUCCCAGAAGUUAUCCUCACCAAAGAAUAUGUUAAUAGCAUUCGUAAUACUUUGCCAGAGCUUCCAGAAAUGAAGCGUCGGAGGUAUGAGAAAAUGGACUUAAGCAUGCAAGAUGUCCUCUACCUAGCAAAUGACAUAAAUGUUGCAGAUUAUUUUGAUGCUACAAUCGCAAGGGGUGCUGAUGCAAAGCUGGUUGCCAAUUGGAUAAUGGGUGAUAUAGCUGCCUACAUGAAAAAUGAAAAGCUCUCUAUUAAUGAUGUCAAACUUAAACCAGAUGAGCUAGCCAAGCUUAUAGCUUCUAUUAAAAGUGGGACAAUUAGUGGAAAGAUUGGGAAAGAGAUACUGUUUGAGCUGCUGGCUAAAGGUGGAACUGUCAAGGGUUUGAUAGACGAAAAGGAUCUGGUUCAGAUAGUUGACCCUGUUGAGAUUGGGAAAAUGGUAGAUAAAGUGCUCUCUGAUAAUCUGAAGCAGCUAGAACAAUACCGUGGAGGAAAAACUAAACUGCAGGGUUUUUUCACUGGCCAGGUAAUGAAAAUUUCAAAAGGCAAAGCAAGUCCUGGGCUUCUAAACAAGAUCCUUCUGGAGAAACUAAAUGCCAAAAACUAAAAAUCUUAUGGAUGAGGUAGCUGAGGGCUGAUCCCACUUUCCUCCACAAGUAAACACAGGUAGUUCCCAACAAAUAGAGAUUUGCUGAGCAAUGAAGAAAAUUUCCUUUCUCCUAGUCUAAUGGGGUAUGAAUGAGAAAGGGGUCGAAAAUACUGAUUAGCGUUGCUCAAGUUCUGCCAAUAUAUACUGUUGACGGAUAGGAAUACACAUUAGUCAGCAAAAUGAAAUUAGUUGUAGACUUGGUAUUUGCUAUUAUUUUCCAAGUUAAUAAUCUCAACAGCCAAUUGUUAAAUGAAUUACUGGAUGUUAUUACCAUCUCUCUCCACUUCUGUUGCUAAAGCAGUGUGGAAGAGAUAAAAAAUCAUGGAUUCUGGCCUAAUAUCACAAGGUCACACAAAAAGGGCCACUCAAAAUAAUGAAGAGAUGGAGAUUAAGCAGAAGUUACGUUUAACACGUAUCUACUUUUUUUCUUCGAUUGAGAUUUAGGCCACUCAAAAUAAUGAAGAUUUAUGAGGAAAAUGCAAUGAAUGUUGAAAGCUAUAAGAAGUAUGGUUCAUUCUCCCUUGUAUUCCUAUUAACGAUGCUCUAUAGCCUAGCCCUGAAAAAGGUGUGUGCACACAGAACUGAAAAUAAGAUACUUUUUCACAU